AACAGAAAAUGUUUAAAGUCCUCCACUCAAGGGAACUCUGUACUUUGUACUUUGGUUAAAUUCUCUUUUAAAUUUAAAUUUCUAAACUUUUCUUAGGACAUUAAGCUCCCUUUGAUCUCUUCUCUUCUGAAUUGCAGAAAUCAGAUAAAACUAUUGGUAAAAUGACCUCUUGUCACAUUACUGAAGAACCUAUAAAAAAGAUUGCUAUCUUUGGAGGAACUCAUGGGAACGAGCUAACGGGAGUAUUUCUAGUUAAGCACUGGCUGGAGAAUGACGCUGAGAUUCAGAGAACAGGGCUGGAAGUAAAACCAUUUAUUACCAACCCAAGAGCGGUGAAGAAGUGUACCAGAUAUAUUGACUGUGAUCUGAAUCGUGUUUUUGACCUUGAAAAUCUUGGCAAAAAGAUGUCAGAGGAUUUGCCAUAUGAAGUGAAAAGGGCUCAAGAAAUAAAUCAUUUAUUUGGUCCAAAAAAUAGUGAAGAUUCCUAUGACAUCAUUUUUGACCUUCACAACACAACUUCUAACAUGGGGUGCACCCUUAUUCUUGAAGAUUCCAGGAAUGACUUUUUAAUUCAGAUGUUUCAUUAUAUUAAGACUUCUUUGGCUCCAUUACCCUGCUAUGUUUAUCUCAUUGAGCAUCCUUCCCUCCAGUACGCAACCUCGCGUUCCGUAGCCAAGUAUCCUGUUGGUAUUGAAGUUGGCCCCCAACCCCAAGGUGUUCUGAGAGCUGAUAUUUUGGAUCAAAUGAGAAAAAUGAUUAAACAUGCUCUUGAUUUUAUAUAUCAGUUUAAUGAAGGAAAAGAAUUUCCUCCCUGUGCCAUUGAGGUCUAUAAAAUAAUGGAGAAAGUUGAUUAUCCUAGGAAUGAAAAUGGAGAAAUAGCUGCUAUUAUCCACCCGAAUCUGCAGGUGGACACAGGGAAUCAAAUGACUUCACCAGGUGAUUUCAUAGGACUCAGGUCUGGGGAGCACUGCACUACAUGGGAACCUCUGCAGAUGCGACCAACCAAUGGGCAGGAUCAAGACUGGAAACCGUUGCACCCUGGGGACCCCACCUUUGUGACUCUUGACGGAAAAACUAUCCUGUUGGGUGGAGACUGUACCGUGUACCCUGUGUUUGUGAACGAGGCUGCUUAUUACGAAAAGAAAGAAGCUUUCGCAAAGACAACAAAAGUCACUCUCAAUGCAAAAAGUAUUCGCUCCUCUUUCCACUAGAAAUCAGUGCUAGUUCACUUUUUGGGGGGCAUCUUGAAAAAGGACCAGUCUGUACGCUCCUCAAGAACAGAAUUGUGCCUUAUUCAAGUUCAUGAUCUGAACUUGACCCAGUCCUGACCCAGUCUCCAAGCAACAGGCAUUCACACCAGUGUCUUAAAGAAAAAAAAUAAAUUAAUGAAUAUCUUUUAAAGUUAUCAUAUUUUAUGUAGAUAGCUUCUUCAAAGAAGUGUGCUUCCUAUUUCUGCAUAGAUUUUUAUACAUUUACACUCUGAUAGUUUAACAUUCUUAAAAAUAGCCUUCUUUUUCAAAGUACAAAAGACAUAGGUACUAUGUGCAGAGUUAUUAACUUGAACAUGGCAUGAAAUGUGUGUUUUCAAGUAAUUUUUGUUUGUUUUUGUGGUGCUGGGGAUUGAACCCAAGGCCCUGUGUAUUCGAGGCAAGCACUCUACCAGCUGAGCCAUAUCCCCAGCUCAAGUAAUUUUUAAGUGCUACUAGAAAUUAAAGGUGGAGACUAUUUUUUAAAUUUUUCAUGAUUGAGUUAAUGACACUAUAUUAAGAAUUCAGUCCAUAAACUAGCAACAGUUGUGAUAUCCAUAGUAGAUUUUAGCUGCUCUUUUUCAGAUGACAUGUUGAAGAGAAAUGAAAGCUGAUUGUAAAUAUACAUCUAGAAACACUGAUGUCUUACACUCACCUUGAGAAGCUACUUGUCCUUCUCAUCAUAGACAAUUAGGAAGAGGCAAAUUCCUCUCAUCUGCCACUUCUUGUUUUGAAUGAACACUCACUCUUACUCCUAGCCAAAGCGUGAGGAGAUCUUUGGACUCCAGUAGCUGCCAGCCUAGGUGGUUAAGACCCAUAACGGAGGACAGUGGACGUAAGUGGAAAUGUGACCCUAAUCCAUGUCUCUGGUUUACAAACACACCCUUUCAAGAAAUUCUCCCAUUUUUUUUUAAGCUGAAAUCCCUCACCUCCUCAAAGGACUUCUGGCAAAACACUGCCUCCCUCCCCUCCCCUCUUUUAGGUCACAGCAACCAAGUAAGGAACAACUUUAUCCUACGAUUUGAACCCCAAGGAAACACAUUUAUGGCUUCAAAUGUUUUACCAAAAAUACUAACAUUAUCUGGAACUUAUAUAGAUACACAAACAUUUUCAUUCUUUCAGAGCUAACUCCACUAAGCCAAUUUUAUUCCAUAUUCAUUGUUUUAUAGAGCACAACUAAAUGAUUUCUGAAUUUUGCACUAGAAAAAUCAUUGUGUGCUUUGCCAAAAUUAUUUUCCUUGGAAUAAACUUCCUUCUGAAGGUUGUAGUAAAAAUGUGUCGAUCUUUUUUAGCACGUAAGUUUUACCAAGUGUCCUUCUCCCUCUAUGACAAACGUUCUGUUAUGUUUUAUCUUAGGCCAAAUCCUCAGGGUCAGUUUUUCCAGAUGUAAAUUUUGGCAAGGAAACUUUAUCCUUCCAUUGAGUUUCAGUUAUUUAUGUAAUUUAUAAUGUGCCAUUUAGGUCAUUGUGGUUUCAGUUUGGGGGAUUCAUUAUUUCUAUUGAGCGUAAUAUUUCCUGACUCAAUUAUUAUUGUCUUCAUUGUUUCUAAUUAGAUGUGAUUUUUUUUCUUAAUCUACAACACAUGGCUGUGUAGUUUUAUUAUUUUCAGUUUUAUUUUUAUUAUUUCUAACUAUCUGCCAGCUUCAUUUUCUCAUGUAUAAAGCGGGGGUGAGGGCUGGGGAUGUGGCUCAAGUGAUAGCGUGCUUGCCUGGCAUGCGUGCAGCCUGGGUUCAAUCCUCAGCACCACAUACAAAUAAACAUGUUGUGUCUGCCGAAAACUAAAAAAUAAAUAUUAAAAUUCUC